GCAGUUUAUACGUCCCUUGUUGGCACAGCCAAUCAGAUUCACCGAAAGCGAAGCCAUUUGAGCCAUUCAAAUUAUUACGUGCGUGUCUUAUCACUUUAAUAUGGCUGGGGGAGACGAACUGUCGGUGUCGACGUUGUCGCUUGGAGACGAAGGCGUCCAGGUGGACGAGAAGCUUGAUGCUGUGCGUCAGAGCGUGAUAUCGGGUGAUGUGGAACAGUUUCUGGCAAAUGCGGGUGAUAUCGGGGACAAGUCGCCGCUCGUGUUUCUCAUGGAUUGGCUGCACACUUGGCAACAGGAGUACGAGGCCUUUGUGCACGUCCUGGGCGUGCAAGAGGAGACUGAAGAUGGACAAGAACCCACGGAGACUGAGAAAGACCUGGCCGAGAUGGAGGCUGAGGCUGAGCGGCUUAUGAAGGGCUUCGGCAAAGUGGCGACUGCGCUGCUGCAGCGUCUGAGCAUUAAGAACCCGGACACCGUGGUGGACCGCCACGGCUGGACACUGUUAAUGCAGGCAGCUAACUCAGGACUGUGCGAGCUGACAGAGGAGCUGGUGGCUCGCAAGGCUGACGUGAACUACGGCGGCACAGCCAAAGACGCUUCCAACCCGCUCUACUUGGCUGUCGAGUCGGAACACACUGCUGUGGCCUUGCUAUUGCUUAAGAACGGUGCGAUCGAGUCGGCUACUAAGCUCGUCACGACGCCUUCAGUAGGCGCAGAAACUGGUGAUGACGACGAUGACGCGGAGGACGAUGACUGCGCACUGUUCCAGGCCUGUCGCUUCGGCCUCUUGAGUGUCAUCAAGGAGAUGCUCGAUCUUGAUGUGGACGUCAACUUCGCACUUCCCUCAACAGGCGAUCGUGCUUUGCACGUGGCUGUGAUGUUCGAGAUGCAGGAGGUGGUGGAGCUUCUGGCUACAAGCGACAAAAUCGACUUGAAUGCGCUGAACGAAAGUGGCCAGACGUGCCUCUUUGGCUGCUCAGGCGUUGAGAUCGUCAAACUGCUUGUGACCAAGGGCGUGGACCCCAAUAUUAAGGAUAUCGACGGCGAGACGGCUCUGUCGAUGGCGCAGGCGCUUGGUGACGACGAGGUGGCCGAGUACUUGGAGACGGUGGCUCAGUAGUUUUGUACAUUUUUUUUCUUCUCUUUCGAGCAAGUAUUGCUGCUAACACAAAUGUUAAGAUAGAUUUCUUUCAAAACGAAUA